AUGUUCCCUCGAGACGGAAAAGGGAAAAGCAAAACUGCAAACUCACUCACAUACGCAGAGGAAAAAAAAAUCCUUCUUCCCAAACGCACCCAUACACCGUCUCAUGGCCUGUCAGCCGGAAUAUUCUUCUCGUUGAUCUUUUGUGGGAGAGGGUUUCUGGUAAAGCUUGGGUGGGAGAUUUUCGGGGUAACAAGAAACAUGUACGUGGUUCCUCCUCCUGAUAGAUCCGAUCCGUUAUCGGGAUCCGAAAAAGGGUCGUAUGAGCUCCGAGUUUACCAGACAUGGAAGGGUAGCAAUAAAUUUUUUCUUCAAGGAAGGUUUGUUUUUGGCCCAGAUGUAAGGUCACUGGCUCUCACCAUAUUCCUGAUCGUGGUUCCGGUUGCUGUUUUUUGCGCCUUUGUUGCUAGGAAGCUAGUGGAUGAUUUUACUGAUCACUGGGGAGUAUCAAUCAUGGUCAUUGCCAUUGUUUUUACACUUUAUGAUUUAAUUCUUCUCUUGUUAACAUCUGGAAGAGAUCCUGGUAUAAUCCCUAGGAAUGCACACCCUCCAAAACCUGAAGGGUAUGAUGGGAAUGCGGAAGGCACUCAAACUCCACAAUUACGGUUACCUCGCAUUAAAGAAGUUGAAGUUAAUGGUGCCACGGUGAAAAUUAAGUACUGUGAUACAUGUAUGCUUUACCGGCCCCCUCGGUGCUCACAUUGUUCAAUAUGCAAUAACUGUGUUGAAAGAUUUGAUCACCACUGCCCAUGGGUUGGGCAAUGCAUAGGACUGAGAAACUACCGAUUCUUUUUUAUGUUUGUGUUCUCGACAACUCUGCUAUGCAUAUACGUUUUCGGUUUCUGCUGGGUGUACAUUAGAAGGAUCAUGGUGACGGAGGAGAUUUCAAUAUGGAGGGCAAUGAUGAGAAGUCCUGCUUCCAUUGUUGUGAUUAUCUACACUUUCAUUGCAGUUUGGUUCGUUGGUGGCCUAACAGCUUUCCAUCUUUAUCUGAUGAGCACGAAUCAGACGACCUACGAGAACUUCAGAUAUAGAUACGACCGGCGUGCAAACCCCUACAACAAAGGAGUUGUGGAAAACUUGAAGGAGAUAUUGUGCGGGCCCACGCCUCCCUCCAAGAACGACUUCCGGGCCCUGGUGCCUCGCGCGGCUGGUGGCUUCGUGAGCCCAAACAUGGAGAUGGGCCGGAAAGGCGUUUGGGGAGAUGUGGGUGACAAUAAGAAUGGGAAGGAGGAGAGUGGAUUAGGUGAGAUAAAGCGGUUGAGCUGGGGAAGGAAGAGUGGCAGCUGGGAGAUGUCGCCGGAGCUUCUUGCGCUGGGAGACCCCAACAGGACACCCGCCGCUAGCAGCAAUGUUUUAUGACACAACACACGAGUUCCUCUCCUUUUAUUAUUAAUCCUAUUCCUUGUGGUGUGGUGUAAAUGAUGAAAAAAGGGAUUCAAGUUUGUGUGUGUAUGGCUAAUCAUAUAAUGGUGUGCUUGUGGAAUUAGAGUCUACUAGUCUGUUUUUUCUCUGCAUUGUGAUUGUUAAUUGUUGUCUUGUACCUUAUUUCUGGUGCUCUCAUGUGUGGUCUCUGUGUUCUAAUGUUCAUUGUUAAAUAGUUCUAACCUUGCUUGAAAUGGUUUUCAAUUUUUCCUUGCGUUUUUAGCAGAGGAAGUUUGGAUGGAUGUAAAAUUUUGGUGAUUGGUGGAGGCAAUAUAUUACUAUUUUGAUA